UCACGGACAUCAAACCCGUAUGCUGCACUCGGGGCCAGAGAGCAAAAUGUGUAUGAAGGUCUUGGACAUCCGAACAAAAAAGGUGAGGCGCAGGACAAGAAGCUGCCACAUGAAUCGAACCCGUAUUCUGCACUUGGAGCCAGAGAGAAAAACCUGUAUGAGGGUCUUGGGGACCAAAACAAAACGGACAACCAGCCGUCAGAGACACCAAAGCCGGAUCCCGCACCAAGGACCCCAGAACAAAACCCUUAUGAUGAUCUUGAAGAUCCCAGUAAGAAAGACAUCCAGCCGUCAGAGACACCAAAGCCGAAUGCAGCACCCGGGACCCCAGAGCAAAACCCUUAUGAUGAUAUUGAAGAUCCCAGUAAGAAAGACAACCAGCCGUCAGAUACACCAAAGCCGGAUGCCACACCAAGGACCCCAGUACAAAACCCUUAUGAUGAUCUUGAAGAUCCCAGUAAGAAAGAAAGAGACUGAAGCACAUGUUCACAGUUUAUGGCUAGAGAUGCUGCCGUCAAAAAGAAAACAACUGAAGAAAAAACAGGGAACAUUGUGUUUGCCAAAUUGUGUUUAACGACAGUUACUUUUAAGCAUUAAAUUUUAUUUGCAACUAGUAUUUAACAUGACAGUAUUGUGUAGCGACCGGUUAAACUUGUAUAGUUAACAAAAUGAUCUCAGAAACUUAAUUAUGAAAAUAACCCACCAAGCACAAUUAACUCACUAUGGCUAUCUGUAUUAUUUUGUCUGGACGCAUUUUGCACACUUACCACAUUAAAGAGACAUUCCUGAGUUUGCUGCAAUAAUUAAGAUGUUAUCGACUAACAGAGACUUUUUAACGAUUGUCAUUACAUAUCAAAUAUAUGUUUCUGCAUAAAA